AUGAAUGGUGAAAAUAUAAUCAACAAAAAUCACAAUAAUAGUAGUAUAACACCACAUUUACCACUGAUUUUACAAUCAAGAGUUUUGUCAUUUUUAAUUGACCCAUAUAGUUUUGUCAAUGUCAAUCAAGUAAACUAUCGAUCAGAAUUCAUAGUAGAUUCAUCAGUACUCGAGAGAAAGCGUCAGAGUUCACUUGGAUGUCAUGAAAUAGUAAACCUUUCAUUGGUAUGUCAUCGAUGGUUCACACAGAUCAAGUGUUCAAUUCAAUCGCUUAGUCUAAAAGUCUACAGUAUAUCUACUUAUGCCAAUCAGAACCGGGUCAAAAUACUCUACAAGUUUCUCGAUAGAGUUUCGUUGAACAUUGACAAGUUACUUUCCGACUAUUCAAUUGUAGAUCUUUCAAACAUUACAGUAUUCUACUUUACAGGUUUCUACAAUUCUGUCAUAUUUGAAGAGCUAUUCUCUCGAAUGACGUCACUGCAACAACUCUAUUUGGAAGUGGAGGGAAUGGCAUUCAUCUCGAAAAUCAUCGAACUGCUGGAGCAAAGACAACAACCGGUUUGUACGAUAAACUUGAAUGUCAAUAUCAAUUUUUCUGAUAGGGCACUCAUUGUACUGAGGUAUCUUGUUCAAAUUCAAAAGACCUAUGAAGAAUCAGCAUCGUUGCCUGUAGUUAAGGUUCAUUCUCUGAUUAUCUCAGAUUGUUAUUCAAAGUUUCCAAAGGAGUUGGUCACACUUGUUCAGAUAUUGAAACCUGCCAAUCUAUAUAUAGAUGCGGCUAGCGAGAGUAACCCAUUACAUCAUAGAUACUCCCAGUUUAUCAAGAUCGAAUCACUCACCAGUCUCAAGAUCAAAGAAGACUUUGCAGAGUUUACAGAUCUGACAUUGGCAUUAAAGUCUAAAUCACUUCGGUCUCUAUCUGUUGUAUUUCCAGAUCAUCUAUUUGAUCUUGAUGGACCAUUGUUAGAUAAUAAUGAAGCAGCAAAUGAACAAAGAGAGGAAAAUGUUGAAGAAGAAGAUUUUGAAGACAAUGAAGAGGAUCUAGGAGAUGAAGAUAAUCCAUGUAAUUUAAGAUAUAAAAAGACAAAUAGAUCUCGUAGAUAUGAUUUGGAAAUAGAUGAAUUCAUCAGUGCAUUAAAGAGUAAUGAUAGUAUGGAGUAUUUGGAUUUAAGGAAGUUAUGUAAGAAUGAUGAUCAUUAUAGAAUGCAACAUAAUCAUCAGCUAUAUAUUGGAUUCUCAGACUUUUUAUUAUACAACAAGACAUUAAAGAUACUUAGCAUAGCAGGAGCUAACUUUAUUUCAUUGGAAUUUAUCAAGUCAAUCGGUAUCAAUUCAACUCUCACCAAUCUUAACCUUGGUGAAUCACUUCUCCGUUCAUCAGACUCAAUCAUCUUGAUGAAACAACUAAUUGAAUCAUUAAAGAUAAAUCAAUCGAUUUCGACGAUCAGUUUAAUCAUUCCAUUCUAUGAAGAUGUUACAUCAGAGUUUUCAUCGAUCUUACAAUUCAACAAUAAUAUCAAGAGUAUUACAAUAGCAAUAGCUAAUAAGAUGAUACAAGAUUUUUAUCCAAAGUUAGACCAAUCACAUAUAACUGAUGAAAUACAAAUGAAACUGAUUGAAAGUGUUUAUCGACAAAUAUUACUUGAUCAAGUAAAAACCCCCAUCCGUUGUUUUGAAAAAAACAAUCAAUUUAUCAUGAAUAAGAAUUGGAUGGGUAAUACAAGGAAAGUCUGUAUUAAAAAGGAUAUUAAAUUUAAGAAGAAGAAUAUACAGAAACAAUAUUUUAUAAAUAACAAUCAUAGUAGUGAUAUUAAACCAAGUAUAGUUGUUGACAAUGUAAAUAGGAUUAAAAAUGAAAGAGAUAAUACUACAAAACCACUACUUCUCCCUACAAACCAUCUAAAUGGUAACAAUGAUUCAAUUGAUUUACUUAAUUUAUCAAUGAAUUCAGAUAAACAAUCAUCUAUUGUACAACAACCAACAACUUCAGAGAAACAACAAACAAACUAUUCCUCUACUACUAGUACUACUACCUUUGACCAUCUAAAUGAAAGAAUGAAUGAAUAA